AUGCAGGGCCCUGAGGUUCCGAGCAGCGCGCUCGCAGACCUACCUUCGACCCUGAGAACAGUGAUAGGCAGCCCGACGACGUCACCGAUCGGCUCAACGUUACCUCUCCAAACAGAUCCUUUAUUAUCACAGCAACAAAUACACGAAAACCUCCAAAAUGUGCUAUCCUCUUUCUCGCAAAUUCGCCCUGAGCCUGGGCUUAUCGCCAGUGGCAACUCGACCGGCUCGACCGGCAAAGGCAUCCUGAUUGGGAUCCUGUCCGCGUUCGGCUCCGCCGCAGUUGCCUUUGUUGUCUUAGCGAUCUUUUUCUUUUUCAAAUAUACUCGCCGGGGGCGAAUUAUGCUGGAUCGCAUUGGCCGACCCGGUGAGUUCGAUGAUGAACAGGCAUUUGCGCGCGAGGAGGAGACGGCGCUAGAGUCAAUGGACGACUUGGCGCGGUCGGAAUACUUGCGAGCUAAAGCUUUUGUCCAAGGAAACCCGCCCGAAUCAGUGCAAACCGAUAUAUCCCUAUCACAAUUCCUCGCAAUCCAAGAAAAAGGCGUAUCCGCAUGGGAGUUCCAGCCAGAAUUGGAGAUCGCAAAUUGCUUUGUGGAAGCCCGCACGGAGAUUGAGUUCUAUGAUUCGGAAUGCAGUGUGCAGACAAACCUCCCCCUCCCCAAACAGAAUGAGGUCUACUACUGGGAGGCCAAGAUAUACGAUAAGCCCGACUCAACAAUGAUCGGAAUUGGAGUGACUACGAAACCAUACCCUCUCUUCCGAAUGCCUGGCUUCCACAAAUCUUCUGUUGCCUACCAGUCAACCGGACACCGCAGGGUCAACCAACCAUUCAAUCCCACCCCAUACGGACCUCCUCUAUUACAAGGCGAUGUGAUUGGUGUCGGCUACCGCCCUCGGUCAGGGACAGUCUUCUUCACUCGCAACGGCAAGAAACUGGAGGACGUGGCUCAUAACUAUCGCUCGCAAAACCUCUUUCCUACGAUCGGCGCCAACGGUCCUUGCACAAUCCAUGUCAACUUUGGUCAGAUGGGCUUCGUCUUCAUCGAAGGAAACGUCAAGAAAUGGGGAUUGGCCCCGAUGACUGGUAGCCUCGCCCCACCUCCACCUUACGGAAGCGAGCAAGGCAGCAUUCUGCUGGAGUCGGGCCGCGAGAGCGCCGCCCAGAUUUCUCAGCGUGUUUAUCAAAAUGCGAAUUACGCGGCCUCGGGCUCAAGUGUCAGGAUUCCUCCAGUACCAAGCCCAGGUCCUGCUAGAUCUCCGACUGACAUUUCCCUCGCUCAGCUGAAUCACAUACCACCUCUUGAAGAUGCUGGUGAGGGAUCCAGCCGGUAUGCUCUGGGAGAUGAAGAGGCCAAUGUUGGCAUGGUCCAUGACGAGCACCAUGAGGCCCCGCCUCCGGAGUAUUCUAGUCCUGAUGGCAGUCGCAGGGGCAGUGAUACCUCUCUUGACUUCCCUUCCAGGGGUGCACUCGAAGAACAUGGCUCUCCGACCGACGAUGCCAUGGACUCUGCUGGUCAAUAUCUCCCGAGUUACGAAACUGCGGUCGAAGGAGAUACAGAUGAGCACCACCCAAGUGGCCAAUGA